CAUAUUUAUUCAUUACUGAAUUAAUACAGUUGUAUUUUCACGGACCUAGAAAAUAUUUUGGUGAUAUAUUUAAUAGUUUUGACAUAUGUUCCAUUUUACUUCCCGUGAUAGUAAUGUCAAUAAUGCUUCGAGAUUUUGAAUUUUCUGAUGGCUUUGCAAGUGUUAAAUCAAUUGAUAUGGGAUUGAUGGUGGGGACAUCAUUCUCUAUUUUCUUCCUUUGGAUCGAAUUUGUUUUAUAUCUCCGCUUAAUAUCAAAAAUAGCCAAAUAUAUUUAUUAUGUUAUAUAUAUCAUCAAAAACAUAUUCCCAUUUAUUUUGUUUAUGUUCAUUGUAACAAUUGGAUUUGCGCACACAAUGUUUAUUUUACUUAAGGACCCUAAUAAUCCUAAAAUUAAUGUAAAAUUGGAUACAUUAAGUGGAACUGCUACAAGUAUAAUAAAUGAUGAUGAAACAUUAUUUAAUAUUAAACUUGAAUCUGAUUAUGAUGUUAAAGAUAAGAAUGAUAAUCCAUUUUCAUCCUUUUCUACGGCAAUAAUGGCUGCAUAUUUUUGGUUGAAUGGUGAUAUGGUUCAAAGAGAUCAUUUUGACUUUUGGGUUAUUGAUUUAUUUACUUUAAUUGCUAGUAUUUUUAUUGUAACUGUUUUGCAAAAUAUGUUGAUUGCUUUCAUGGGUGGAGUUUAUGAAAGAGCAGAAACUAAUGGAAGACAAUCUUUAUUAAGAUUUAGAGCAAAUCAAAUAGCAGAUUAUGAAGCAUUAGAACAUUUUCAUUUUUGGCCUAAUGAACCUGAACCAAAAUAUAUUUAUUAUAUUGGACAAUCUAAAAAUUUUCAAGAAUGGUAUCAAAAAAGAAAAGAUGAUCAAGGUGAAAUUUAUAAAGAUUUUGAGGAAAAAUCUACAAUUAUUACUCAAACUUUUAAAGAUGUUGAUUUUGAUGAAACUUCAAUUUGGAAAUUUGAUGAUGAUAAUAAUAAUUCAUCUGAUAAUAUUAAAGGUAAAAAGAAAGAAGUUUCUACCGAUUCUACUGAUUCUAUUGACUCUAUUAUAGAAUUAUCAGAAAUAAUGGAAGAAAAAAAUUCUCAAGAAAAUUUUUUAAAAGAAGUUGAUAAAAGAAUUAAUGAAAUAAAAAAAAUGA